UUAGAAAUUAUGGUUCUCUUAAUGAUGCUGGUAUUUGGUCCAGCACAGACAUGUGUCAUGCUUUAGAAAACAAUAUAAUUUCAAUACCACAAGCACGUCCUAUACCCAAUACAAACAUUAUACUACCAUUUUGUAUGGUUGGUGACGAGGAUUUCCCUCUUAAAACUUAUUUAAUGCGUCCGUAUGCAAAACAAAACUUGUUAGGCAAUGAGCAAAAAGUGUUUAAUUAUAGAUUAUCAAGGGCACGCCGAAUUGUAGAAAAUGCUUUCGGUAUUCUUACCUCAAGAUGGAGAAUUUUACGAACGUCCAUAAGUUUAAAAGUAGACACUGCAGAAACAAUAAUACAAGCUGUGACUUGUUUGCAUAAUUUUAUUAUAACUACAGCAUCGAAUAACAAUUUAUAUAUACAGCCUAGUAUCGCAGAUAGAGAAGAACUUAAUGGAGACAUAAUACCUGGAAAUUGGCGAAAUUUAGCAACAAACAACGAAUGUAUGAUUAAUUUUGGACGAGUUGGUGCAAAUAUUGGUGCAGUUACCGCUAUGAGGCAACGUGACAUUUUAGCUCGUUAUUUUAUGUGAAGAAGGAAGCAUAUUAUUUC